CUUAACCUGAGGUCGUUGCCUUCUCGCUCCUCACUCUUCUGCCUCCUGCACCGGCUUUCAACUCUAGACACUGUCCUGUAUUUGGUCUUCUGUUUAGUUCAGACAGACUUGCAGAUUUCCACCUCCUAUAUCCCGUCACCAACUCCCGGGCCCGAUCGAGUGAGAUCCACUCAUUGCGACCUCAUCCCACUCACUCACACCUCCUCGACCGCCUUCCAUCCCACUCCAAGGAAACUCGCCGCUCCUCCCGCUCCUCCCCAACAACCCCCCCCCUCUUCCCUCUCGAGCUUUUAUACUGCGGAGCGGUGUGAGACGCAGACGCUUAUAGGGAUACUCCCUCUUCCACACACCCACACACACACACACACACACACACACACACACACACACAUUCUAGACCGUCUCCCUUCCCACACACAGUCCUUAUCAACAAUAUGUGGUCCUGGUUCGGCGGCGCGGCCGCUCAGAAGCGGAAAGAUGCGCCCAAGGAGGCGAUCUUGAUGCUCCGCGAGCAGCUGGACAUGCUCCAGAAGCGCGAGAAGUAUCUCGAAAGCCAGAUGGACGAGCAGGAUGCGAUUGCGAGGAAGAACGUGACGACGAAUAAGACCGCGGCCAAAAACGCCCUGCGGCGGAAGAAGAACCACGAGAAGAACCUCGAGCAGACGACCGCGCAGAUCGUCCAGCUCGAACAGCAGAUCUACUCGAUCGAGGCGGCGAACAUCAACCAGGAGACUCUCAAUGCUAUGAAGGCGGCCGGUGCGGCGAUGACGCAGAUCCAUGGCUCGAUGACCAUCGACAAGGUGGAUGAGACGAUGGACAAACUCCGCGAACAGCACCAACUCAGCGAGGAGAUCGCCCAGGCCAUCACAAGCAGCUCCAUCACCGAACAACCGGACGAGGCCGAUCUGGAGGCGGAGCUCGAGGGUUUGGAGCAGGAGGCGAUGGACGAGCGCAUGCUCAAGACCGGCACCGUGCCCGUGGCAGAUCAGCUCAACCGGUUACCCGCCGCGGCCAACGGAGAACUCAAAACUCAACCCACGCACAUCGAGGAAGACGACGAGGAAGCAGAGCUGGAAAAGCUUCGCGCCGAGAUGGCCAUGGGAUAAUUGGGGAUCGGGGGCGCUGUGCACCCCCUUUCCUUUGCUUUCAUCUUGUACCCCGUACCCUAAGAAUAUUCCGUGCCGUCUGCCCUUGCGCCUUUUCUUGAUGUCUGCUUUGCUCUUUCACACACUUCCUGUCUCUUUCUCUCUUCUGCGUCUUGGAGUUGAGCCGCGUUUGCGCCGCGUUUGCCCGUUUUCUUUUUCGUGUCACUACCACCACCACCACUACCUUACAUUCGCAUGAUGGAAUGGAAUGAAUGAAUCAAUGUCUACAACUAGAUACUAUGGACUACUGCCUAAAUCCACUGAAUUAAUCUCAA